GGGCAGAGGGAGGGGAUGCACCGCGCAUGCGUGGCCGAGACCGGUCUCUCCGCUUUGCGAGCCCUGCAGGCGAGCGCCGUCUGCCUGGUCCGAACCACAACUCCCGGCAGCCCCUGCGCCAAAGAUGGCGGCGCCCGCGCGGGGCAGGCCGGGAGCUGUAGUUCGGCGGGCGCCGGCUCCCCUGCGCGGCGGAAAGGCCCCGUUGCAGCUGAGGCCGCCUUCCUCCUCCUCCUCCUCCUCCUCCUCCUCCUCCUCGGAGCCGCCAUGGCCCUCUCGCCCGUGGCCGUGCAGGUGCCCGGCAUGCAGAACCUGUCGGAACCUGCUGGACUUCACCCCUGGUGCCUCCUCUUGGCUCCCCUGCAGAACCACCGAGCAGACCCCGAGGGGCUUUUCACCAAGCUGGAGCGCAUCGGGAAGGGCUCCUUCGGAGAAGUCUUCAAGGGCAUCGAUAACCGGACGCAGCACGUGGUGGCCAUUAAAAUCAUCGACUUGGAAGAAGCUGAGGAUGAGAUCGAGGACAUCCAGCAGGAGAUCACGGUGCUCAGCCAGUGUGACAGCCCUUACGUCACCAAAUACUACGGCUCCUACCUGAAGGGCACAAAGUUGUGGAUAAUAAUGGAAUAUUUAGGUGGGGGAUCGGCCCUGGAUUUGCUCCGUGCUGGGCCCUUCGACGAGUUCCAGAUCGCUACGAUGCUGAAGGAGAUCCUGAAAGGGUUGGACUACCUGCAUUCAGAGAAGAAAAUCCACAGAGACAUCAAAGCUGCCAACGUGUUGCUGUCUGAACAAGGAGAGGUGAAGCUUGCGGAUUUUGGGGUUGCUGGACAACUGACCGAUACUCAAAUUAAGAGGAACACUUUCGUAGGGACGCCUUUCUGGAUGGCCCCUGAAGUCAUUCAGCAGUCGGCCUAUGACUCAAAAGCUGAUAUCUGGUCUCUUGGGAUCACCGCCAUCGAACUAGCCAAAGGGGAGCCUCCGAAUUCAGACAUGCACCCAAUGCGGGUCCUCUUCCUCAUCCCUAAAAACAACCCCCCCACCCUCGCCGGAGAAUUCAGCAAACCCUUCAAAGAAUUUAUCGAUGCCUGUCUGAACAAGGACCCGACGUUUCGUCCUACGGCCAAGGAGCUGCUGAAGCACAAAUUCAUCCUGAAGAACGCGAAGAAGACCUCCUACCUGACGGAGCUGAUCGACAGGUUCAAGAGAUGGAAAGCAGAAGGACACAGCAGCGACGAAACAGACUCGGACGGCUCAGAUUCUGAGUCUAGCAACAAGGAGAACAAUUCCCACCCUGAGUGGAGUUUCACUACCGUGCGGAAAAAGCCGGACGCCAAGAAGGUGCAGAACGGAACAGACCAAGAUCUCCUGAAGACCUUGGGCUGCUUAACCCUGAUCAUCAACCCCGUGUUUGCAGAGCUCAAGCAGCAAGACUGCAACAACGCCAACAAGAGGCAGGCCAUCGAAGAGCUGGAGAAGAGCAUCAGCCAGGCAGAAGCCGCCAGCCCCGGAAUCACCGACAAGAUGGUGAAGAAGCUGAUGGAGAAAUUUCAGAAGUUCUCUGCCCAUGACUCCUGAGGAAGGACCCUCCCCACACCACCCAAGAUGUCGUCCCGCACGGACGCAUCUCCUUGCAGCCCACCAAACCCUCCUCUGGCUCGGCUUCUUUUCCUGAGUUCCUGUGCCUUUCGGGAUCAUCGCAAUAGAUUUUUUUUGGAUGAUCGCGGAUUCGGAUUUAAGGAUUUAACUCCACUCUUUUGUAAAUGGCAUACGUGCUUUCUUCCUUUCUUUUCUCUUUUUUUUUCCUUCCUUCCUUUCUUUCACUUUUUUUGUUUUGUUUUUUGUAAAGAGCGACUUUUAAUAUUUUAGUUCCCAACGUCUUUAAUGCAGCUCAAACGAGACAAAAACCGUCUGUGCCGUUUGCUUCUAGAUGCAGCCGGGGGCUCUCAAUUGCCAACUGCCUCCUCCACAAAUCUGGAGCCUUUUUUCUUUUUUUUACUUUUUAACUUCAUAGAAAACACGUUUUGGGAGCGUUUGGGUUUAAUCUUCUCCUCUGCCUGAGUUGCAGGUCUCUUACAGACCCCCAAAAGCCAGGCUCGGCACCUACCUUUUAGGAGCAAAGGCUACACGGAAGCACUUCUCCGCUUUGGGCCUCGUCGUCUUUCUUCGGGCCCUUGCUGCCGAGUGCGAGGAACUGGCCGCAGCCUCCGCUCGCUUGGAAUUUGGCACAGUGUUUGCCUGAAAGCAAUACGUCAAUGGCUUGGCCAGUUAUCCUGUACAGUUUGUAUGUACCCCUUUUGUAGAGCAACAUAUCCCAGCAGCCACGGCAACUGGGGCAAGGGGUCCAGUGUAAAAGAAAACCAAGGUGGCAGCCGGGGGCCACGCCUCUGAAGCCCACUCCUCCCUCUCUCUCUUUUUUUUUUUGGUUCGUUUAAAAAAACACGCAUUGCACACGGAAGGAGUGGGCUGCAGCCGCAUGGAUACAGCCGCCGUUUCGGUUCCCUAGAGCCCUCCCCUCCCCUCCCCACCCCACGUGAAACGUUCAUCAUGGUAAGAAAUUUCAAAGCAAUAUGGUUGAAAGGUUUUUGGGGUGGGGGAUUGGCAAUAAUGGACCCAAUUCGACCCGAGUUGUUUCUCCUGGAGUAAAAUUGGCGAGAGAAGAAAACCUGGGCUGUCUCGGGGGGGGGGGGCAUCCGAGCAGUACCUGAAAUUGCGUCACCAGCGUUUUGGGGAGCGGGGGGGGGUUUCUUCUGUUGUAAGAUAUUGAUUGACUUAUGUCCUUGAAGUCCUUUACAUGCAUCAACAACCCUUUAAUUUCCCCCCCCCCCUUUCCCUCCUUCCCUCCCAAAGUGUAUUUUUAAAUAUCUAUUUACCAGUUAAUAUGCAAAUAAUUGAGUUAUAGAUAUUCUUUCACGGAAAAAGAUAAGUACUGUGCAGUUCAGAGGUGAUUUUUCUUUUUCAGAAAAGGUAGAAGAAAUUAUAAACUUGCUUUCGAUUAUAUAUUUAUGGUACUGUUGAGAUGAGGUUCUCUCUCUUUUUUGCCUUUUCAACCCGGUUUGUAUAUUAUGCUCUCGAAGUGUGUUGUACUUCAGUCUUUGGUUGUGGAAGUGUGGGUGUAAAUUUAUUUUUGAUAAAAAGUCUGGAUAUGUUUAAUUUUAUAGUUCAGAUCUGCACAUUUUUUUUUGGUUUUUUUUUUGUUUUGGUUGGUUUUUGCACAACAUUCAUUUUAAAGGAUUUGACGUGAAUCAGCCAAAUAUGGAACGGAGUUAAAUAAGAGUGCAAACAACCAGUGAUUUUUGUUGUUGUUGUUGUGAUUAAAAGUUGCCAUUACAACCUUUUUCUUUGUAAGGAAAAACAAAAAGAUAUAAAGACACUGGCAAGAGAGAGUGGAGAGAAAUGCCAAGGGCAAUUGUUUUCAAUGGUGCCUACACUGUAAAAAAACAAAACAAAAAACACCCACAGAGAACUUUUAACUCCUUCGUUUUAAUUUUAAAGAAAUGUUUGUUUAAAAAAAAUGUUUCAUUGCUAUAUAUCUGAAACACCAUUAGAAAUUUAUAUCUGGGGGUGGGGGGGAAACAGUCUGGACAUAGUUUUUGAAAACAAUAAUGUUACGGAUUAAAUAAAAUAUUUUUAUAAACGCAGAAGCCGUACAAGUUGUAAAUACAGUUUGAUGCGCAGCUUUACAAAAUAACCGUAUUAUCCGAGCAGAACCGUCGCGCUCCUUCUUCCCAGCCUCUGUUAGUUCUGUAAAUCUGUAGAUAGAUGAAGCUUCUUUCACACUUUUGAGGAUCGGGGGACGCAGAAAGUCAAAGGGUUUAAAAAAAAAAAAACCACACACAAAUAAAUAUUUAAGUUCUAUAAUC